GCUAGCAGCGCUUCCUGGUCCACGUAUAGAGAAGACCAGCAGCGUUCCCUCUGACAGAUAAUGUCAUUUGGCUGUGUUUAUCCAAACUGGUUUUCUUCUUCACGUUCACCUGUUAAACCUCGACGAUAGCCAGGUGACCGGAGACAUUCAGAGUCUUGGACGUCGUUUCAAACGAAUGCAAAAUGUCUUGGUUUGCUGACUUGGCUGGGAAAGCUGAAGACUUCCUGAAUAAAGUGGACCAGGGAGCUGCCACUGCACUUAGCAAAAACCAGGCAAGAACAUCCUCCUUUUCGUCACCUUAUGGGGGAGGAUCUACUGUCACACCUGAGUACAGCACUGCAGGGUAUAAGACAGAUGCAGCUGUGACACAAAAUGCCUAUGUAUCUUCUCACGAUGCACAAAGCUACAUCUCUGCAGCAGCUGGCAACAUCAAGAGGUCCAAUGCAACCACACUGGCUGGCACAGCCAACAUGGCCAGUAGCCCCUCCAGUUCUGGCAGCAGUGCUCCCAACUCUGCCAAGACCUCAUCUGGCUUUGUGAGGCCCAGAAAGAGCGAGCAGGAUGUGGACGACGACAUGCUCUUUGACUUUCUGAACAGCUCAGACCCUCCAGCCAGCAACAGGAGGGAUUCAAGAAGGGAACUUGUGAAAGUGGCAGUUCCAGUUACUGAGACCCAAAACCCAACACCUCCCCUUUCCACCACUCCUCAUACCAUCCCCUCAGCGCCGUCCACACCCCCCUCAACCCGCGGCGUAUCCAGGGCCUCAAGCAUGAGCUCGCUGUCUGCUCACAGCAUCAAAACAUCAGAGGAGAGCUCUGCUAAAGAGCAAAGCCAAGACACACCUGAGAGUUCAGACUCAGGCUUGGCUGUCCCUCAGGAGUCCAGCAGGCAGGAGCCUCCUCCCCCCACAGAGGAGCCACAGAGCCAGAUCUUGUCCAGUCUGCGUCUGGAGAACCAGCUGCUGCGCAGUGAGGUGGCUUCCCUCAACCAGGAGAUGGCUUCAGUCAUCCAGAGAGCAAAAGACUUGCAAGAUGAGUUGAACCAGGCCAGACUACGUGCAGACAGAUGGAAUUCAGAGCAGUCUCAGACUGACCGGACGUUGCGGGAACUUCGGUCACAGGUUGAUGACCUGACAGAGGCUCUUUCAGCCAAAGACGGUCAGCUUGCAGUCCUGAAAAUCAGACUUGAUGAAGCUGAUCAGCUGCUCAAGUCCCGCAGUGCUGCACUAGAGGAGGCACAGAAGGAAAGGUCGAGAAUUAUGCAAGACCACACAGAAGGAAGCAGCAUAAAGUCCCAAGCUCUUGAGACAGUUCAGGAGAGGCUGCGAGAGGCUGAUAUGGCUGUCAGGAGGGAGCAGGACAGCUACCGGCAGAUGCAGAGUGAAUAUGCUGGUCGACUGUCCAAACUGGAGGCUGAGAGGCAGACACUUGCAGAGACGGUGACUGCAGCGGAGCGACGAGCCACAGAGGAGAAGCUCAGGGUUGAUGAUCUGCAACAGCAACUGAAAAGUGCCAAAGCCGCAGCUGAGUCUGCCAAGCAAGAGUUACAAGACUACAAGCACAAAGCUUCACGCAUCCUACAAUCCAAAGAGAAGCUGAUCAGCAGUCUGAAGGAGGGAUCUGGUCUGGACACUCUGGAAGGCAGCGGGGCCAUGGCUCUGGAGCUGGAGGAACUGCGUCACGAGAAGGAGUUGCAGAGGGACGAGAUCCAAAAACUACAGGGGCAAGUGCAGACACUUCGAACAGAAAUACAGGAUUUGGAGAAUCAGGCCCUGACGGAGGCAGAGGCAUGGCGGGAACAGCAGGUGCAGUUACAGGAGCAACAGGCCUUACAGAACAGAGUUAAACAGGAGAUGGAGGCUGAGGUUGAGCGCCACAAACAGGAGCUGGAGUACCUGGAGGACGAGCACCAUCGAGCCAAAACCACCCUGCAAAGUCGAAUCAAAGACAGAGAAGAUGAAAUCCAAAAACUCAGGAACCAGUUGACCAACAAGACUCUCAGCAGCAGUAGCCAAACAGAGCUGGAAAAUCGUCUCCACCAGCUCACGGAGACGCUGAUCCAGAAGCAGACGAUGCUGGAGGCUUUGGGCACAGAAAAAAGCUCCCUGGUCUUCCAGCUGGAGCGUCUGGAGCAGCAGCUGAAGAACACUCAGGGAGGACAAAGUGGAGGGCCAGCCAUCAACAUGAGCGGACUAGAGGCACCAGGAGCACGGCAAAGAAAUACACCAGUCCUCUUCAGUGAUCAGGACAGUCCAGGAGUGUAUGGAAAAGUACGUAAGGCAGCCAGCACUAUUGACCGUUUCAGCAUCAGACUGGGAAUCUUCUUGAGGCGCUACCCUAUGGCCAGAGUUUUUGUUAUCCUGUACAUGGCAGUACUGCAUCUGUGGGUCAUGAUUGUUCUUCUGACAUACACACCAGAAAUGCAUCAUGGUCAUCCUGACGGAAGAUAGAAGGCUUGAACUUAACAGUAAUGUUUGCUUUAUUGUCUUUGAUGUAAGGAUGAUACAAGCUGCUGGAAUAUGGGCUCUGGGACCUGACUCUCCCUGUUUUGCACAGAAAUGCUAUGAAUUAAAGACAUUUGCUCUUAAUUCAUCUUUGUCAUUUCCAUCUGAAGAGUGAUAACUGACGGCUGCAAUGAGUUUUAAAAUAAUUACAGAGUGAUUUAUUGUACUGUUGGUCUGCUGAAAGGACAUUAAAUCAAAUAUGAUUUCA